CCGGCCCUACGGCCGCUUUGGGGGCGCGCGCCGCUUCUCGCUCCGCCUACCCCGCGCGCGAGCCUGGGCGGGGAGGGGGAGCCAGGAAGCUGCGAGCGCGCCGGGGAGCGCAGCUGCAGGCGUGGGGGCGGCAGGACCCGCGGAGCCGGCGCUGAGAGGGGCUGCGGCCGCAGCGGGCGGCGGAGACAAAGACGACGAUAGGGCCAGUUUUGAGUGUGUGAAUUUUUGAGUGAAACCUGGAACCCAAAUGAGAAGAAAUCUGCAAGGAAUAACUACUGACAGUGAAUCUGCAGAGUCAUCUGUAUGCAUAAUAUGGAAUGUUCUUAAACCAGAAGUAGCUGAAUGUGUUACUCCAUUGAUGAGGAGUGACUAUCUGUUAUAGUCCCUGGGUCAAGACAACAAUUUUUAUACCUUCUUGGUGGUUCAGAAAGGAGUCUCUGUAGAACCAGAAGCAAAGAAAGGAAACAAUCUGAAUUUUUCAUUAUUAAAUUGACUGUGUAAGAUACUUGACUUCCAGGAACGAAACACAGUGAAAUAAUAAAAUUUCAUCUUGUCAUCACUGGAUAUUCAUCGUAUUGAGGAGCGUAUUUUGUGGAACUUCCUGAAUUGAGAUUUGGAACCUUCAUUGGUGCUCUUUUACACUGUGGACUGUAAGCAUGAGUGAAUUCUGGUUGUGUUUCAACUGCUGUAUUGCAGAACAGCCUCAGCCUAAAAGGCGACGACGGAUUGACAGAAGUAUGAUUGGAGAGCCCACAAACUUUGUGCACACGGCUCAUGUUGGAUCAGGAGACCUGUUCAGUGAAAUGAAUUCAGUUAGCUCCAUUCAGAACCAAAUGCAGUCCAAGGGAGGCUAUGGAGGUGGAAUGCCUGCCAAUGUGCAGAUGCAGAUGCAGCUCGUGGAUACGAAGGCGGGAUAGCCCUGGUCCUUUCUCCAGGUCAUUGUGAAUUUCUGUAUUUUCUCUGUCCACUAUUCUGUAAUUUUUGUCCUGUGAUUGCGUUUCUUUUAUUUUGAAUUACAAAAAAGAAGUGUGAUGGCACCUUGUUCACCCUGUCAUGAUUAUUCCAGUGAGGUGUUACUGUUCUUCUCUGAAGAAGAUACUGUCAGAUGAAUCCUGCAUUUCCUUCAGCCGGCAUGCAUGCCUUUGGACUCAUGGACAGAGUUCUUUGGAUUGUCGCUGAAUUUUCAAUGUUUAAUCAGUAUGGAUCUGAUCUUCGCAUGAUCUUUUCUGUGAAUGCUAACACCACUUUGCAGGUUUUUUUUUCAUUUUAAACAUUUUUCUUUUCACUGUCAACCCUCUGCCUUAUGAUUUUAUUGGAAAGCAAGGACCUGCUAUUAUUUGUUAAUUUGCCAUCAUUUAUGUAUAUUUUGGAAGGUAUGAGACCCACAAGCACAAUGAUCAUUUUUAUUUGUUUGAAACUUUAGCAGAAUAGAUAUCCGCAUGCUUUAUGAAGUUGCUUCGAUAAGAGCCCAUGGGAUGCCAGAAAUUAAUGUUUCUUUGCUGCUGUGGGCUGAUGAUGCUGCUAUUAGAGAAAGUUAGCUGUGGCACCAAGUCACAUCAUUUUCAUGGAAAAGAUUACUUGUAGCUUAUUUAGAAUUAUGACCUUUUGGUCUAUUUGAUUAGAAUUGCAAUAAAAGAAGAGCUUGCAUUCAUAAGGCAUUCAUUCUGUUGUAAAUGUUCAAUGUAUUUAUUUUGAGAGCGAGGAGGUGUGGUACAUCUGAGUGUUGUGUUGUGGUCACACUCUCAUCCAGGCUGAUCCUGAGCAGCUUCAUCUUACUAGCUGUUUGUUUCUUUGUGCACUCAUUCUUUUAUUUUUACUUGUUUUUAACAUUAUGGUUUCCAGUAGCAGUUUAUUGAACUUCUGGCCUGCACUACUAACUGCAGACCUCCUGAGUCACUGGCCUGUGUUCUACAUAUUUUAGGGGCCACAUUAGUUGCCAAAAGCAACACACCGACCUGGCUGAAUUAUUGCCAGUGAAAACAACCUGUACGAAGCCUUUGCUCAGGUUCUAAAAUGUUUUGUCCUUGCACAAAUUUUGUAUAUUUCAAAUAUUUCUGUAAAGGUUCCUUCUUUUCUAGAAUGUGGUGUUAAGCCAGAGUCAGUGGUUUGUGUUCUCAUUGAAAUGUUUAAAUCCUAUUUCUAAUUCAGGCCUAUCUAACUACAUUUAGUAGGAUUAACAUUACAUGUAACAAAUGAGGCGUAAUUAAAAACUUAGUUUAGAUAACUUUGAAUAAAGAAACAAGGAUCACUUUAUCUUUUGCCUCCAUUCAUCUUAGUCCCAGAUUCUCGCAAAACAGGCAACUGAAUAAACAUUAGGCUUAUGUAGGUAAAACAUAAAAGCAUUUCUCCCCCAGUUUUUUAAAUGUAAUUUCAACCAGUACAUUUACCUAGUACAGCAGGGCACCAGAUUACUUGAUCUUUGUAUUUUGCAAUUUUGAGCCUUUGUGUCAAUCCCAAGCACAGAAUCUGCCAAGGAAAAACAUUUGCAUCUUCGAAGUAGACAUUUCGUAGUUUGUUCAAUAACUAUCAUCUUCUAAAGUUGAAUUCAUCCAUUGUCACUGAUUCACGUGUGGAUGUCACGGUGUGGAAUUUGCCUGAGUACCACUGUCAUUCUGCUCAGCCAGACAGGGUCAGUUUCUUGGCCAGGGACAUUGUUGUGUGCAAGCUCUUUAAAAAAGAGGUGAGAUUUUCUUGGCAUUAUUAGCACUGAUGCUAUUUAGUCUACUUCUAUUUUGACUCUUUAAAUUAGUACAGUUUUUCUACUUGUCAUAUAACUCCUGGAACAAUAAUACUGGAAGUCAUGAUCCUUUUCCCCAAUUCAUGAUUUUAUUCUUUUUCCAAGUCACCAUUUUUCCUGUUGCUCCAACGACCAGCGUGUGUUGGAGCGGAUCUCCAUGGUAAGCCAAAAGUGGACUCGUCAGCCUGUAACUACUCUGUAGCUGCCACUAACUCUGCAGGCACAGUAACUAUACUUCAUACAGAAACACAUGCCAAAGUGCCUGGGAGGUGCCAAUAAAAUCAAGAAAUAAGAAAAAUUACCAAAAAAGAUAUGGUAUUAACCUUGGACAUAAAUCUUUUUUUAGGGAGGCAGCUUUCCCAUGUUCAUAAAUGGGGUUGUAAACCUCGAAAAGUCAUCUGUUCCCAAUAGCAGCAUAUCUCAUUUUUAAAUUGAAGCUAAUUAAAUAGGAUUUUACUACUCAAAAUUCAUUAUACUGUUAAUCUUUGCUGAAAUAUAUGCUAACAACUGUAAGGGAAACCGAAGAUUGAAUCACAUGGACUCUGUUAGCAGUGAUCUGCAUUCUAUAAAAGAGGUACUUUCCCAUAAUGUAGGCAUGAAGUGGUGCCAGUAAGCAUAGAGCAGGAAUGUUGGCUUUAGUUAAUACUGAGUUUAGCAUUCCCAGUGCAGCAUUAUCAGUGGGCCUUUAAAAAUACUUUAUGAGUACAUUAGCUUUCACUUUGUUGUUAAAUUAUAGCAGACUCAUUAUAGAGAACAAGUUUGCCUUGAUUUUGUUUAAAAUGACUUCUGCCAAGCACCCAGAAGAUAAAAUUGACAUAUUUUUAUAAUAUAAGCAUACUUUUUUUGUACAUUGUGUUCAUUCUUGAAUAAAAUGAGUUCCGUGUUGGCUUGUAGAUAUUAAAAAGAAAGUAUUGAUUUUGAUUCAAUAAAAGUUUUCUUUCAAUCUUG